GGCCGCUACCGGCGUUUUCUUAAGCUCUGUGAGGAAUGGCCAGUGGACGAGACCAAACGGGGCCGGGACUUGGGCGCUUACCUGCGGCAGCGGGUAGCACAGGCGUUUCGGGAGGGAGAGAACACCCAGGAUGUGGCGUCUCCCGCUGCAGCUGGGGUGGUGGUUCACAGGGCACAGAUGCUUGAAUGUUUCUUUGCCAGCUGGUGGAAGUUUUUCUCUGGUUGGGGAGUGGAUGAGGUGGAGCCAUUACCCCAUGAAGGUGGCAGAGCCUGAGGCCUGCGAUGAGAUGUACGAGAGCUUAGCACGACUCCAUUCAAACUAUUACAAACACAAGUACCCUCGCCCGCGGGACACGAGCUUCAGUGGCCUGACCCUGGAAGAGUACAAGCUGAUCCUCGCCACAGACACCCUGGGGGAGCUGAAGGACAUGAAUAAAGGCUUGUGGAAAAAACUGCAGGAGAAGUUCUCCACCAGGAGUCCCGAGAAGCAGAAGGCCUGGGCUCAGUCCUUAUCUCGCCCGCGGACCUGAGUGGAGUCUGUGUAUUGCCGUCAUAAAUAAAGCUCCCUGACCCCCGCGA